ACCCACUGUGUCACGGCUAAAAUGGAAUCACUGUUGUGAGUGGCAGUCUGGGCAAGUGAAGCCUGCCUCCCUUGGCCUGCUCCCUUUUGUUGGUGCCAUUCACCUCAGUCUACCCCUGAGGCAGGUGGAUUUCCAUGUCUGCACGGACAAGGAUGGAGGGCUGGGUGGGGGGCAGAAAGGCAGAUAUAUGUACAGUUUGUUUGCACUUCCUAACUGUAGCACCCGUGGCAACAGGCUAACCUGACAGAUAAUAUUUGCCAAGGUGGUGGCAAAUAGAGUUUUGGCAAGUGCGUGGAUGUUAUUCCUAUUUGAAGUUUUCUGUUGAUUUUUCAUUUGACUAAGUCUAAUCAGAAUAUUCAGUGACACAGGUUAGCGGAGGACACAAUUGGCAUCCAUCGGUAUAUGUUUUUUGCUUCCUUCUAAAACUGAGCAAAUGUUUACUUUCCACGGUUAUAGUGAGGCCAAAUGUUUGUGGACUAUUUCAAGAAGUUUUUAAGGCAACUUUUUAUCCAUGGAAACCUAUAAUGACUGUCUUUUAAAUGUAUUUUGUGUUAAUAUUUUUGGAUGUCUGGAGCAGAUUAAUUGGAUUUGCAUUAUUUCCUAUGGGAAAAAUGGGUUUUUGUUUGACCUUUUCGAACGAAUUAACAAGAAAAACCAAGGUACCACUGUAUGCCCUUUUUAGGUCAGCAUCUCACUAUCGUCAGGUCCCACUGGAUGGCAGGCCCUUUGAAUGCUAUAAGUCUUUAUGUAACCUUCCAGACGGAAUUGUAUAAUGUCCAAGUUCAGGACUUCUGCCUUUAGGUUGUGGUGUGGAGCUCCUCAGGGUUUUGUACUUGACCCAGUUUUGUUCAACAUUUGCAUGCUGCCACUGGGAAAUCUCUUCAAAGUUUCAGUUUUAAUGCAGAUGAUACCCAAAUUACCCAGUUUGGCUGACAAACUGCCCCAAGGACAUUCAUACAUCGAUGGCCUAAAUUACCUCCAAAAAAAAGACGCAUACUUCUCCUCGCUAUUGUGUCAGUCUUCCAUACGUUGUCCAUCCACUCUAAUUAAAAAUGUCAUUUUUGUCAGCCAAAAAAAUAAAAAUCUCAAUUUAUACUUUUCAUUACGACUAUUAUUCCAAAUCCCUUCCAUCUGUCUUCAGUUAAAAGAUUCUAUUGUCAUUACAAUUAACCCAAAACGAAGCCGCCACGGUUUUAAUGGGUACUCGAAAACGAGAGCAAAUUACACCUUUGCUUUCAGCGCUGCACCGCCUGUCUAUUCAUUUUACAAUUAUUUUACAUUUCCACUUAUUAUUUCAAAAUUGCUGAAAUGUGUAUCUCAAAGUUAUAUUUAUGACCUCCUUUUUUGGGGGUGCUCCUCCUCCAUCUCUCACGUGUGUCCAAAAGUGGCUCAACCUUAGUAUCAAGUGAUCAUCCUGCUCUGUUAAACACACCACUAUUCCAUAAAAAAUAUAGACAAAAAUGUAAAUAAAUAAAUAAAUAAAAACUCUUUCAGGGUUUUAGUCACACUCUUUGGCACACAUUCUAUAAAUGACAACGGUAUCUGACACGCUCAUGACUGGCUCAGUACACAGGUCACUCGAUUUAAGCCGGAUACUUUCCAUCUGCGGGUUUUAACUACUUUCAAAGCGUGAGUGGUGUGUGGAGAUGGGCAUACGUCUCCUGCUUUUGCUGGGAUUAAUCAGAAAAUUGAAAAGCUAUGACGCCACUGACUUUAGUGUGAGUACAUUUGACGGAGAGCCCAAACAGACAUUUCACACUGGUUCAACCCCUAGUACUCGUUUGUGUGACCUGAAAUGACACCAUUUAACUUCAGUGCGGUCGUUUUUUUUUCCUUUUCUUUUUCAGGAGGCUUUUGUGUCCAAACUUUAGCGGACGCCCGUGCACGUACAGUAUAAUAGCUGCUGUGUAAAAGCUUGUCUUCCCAUCACCAAAAGCAGCCUAUCACAUGCUUGAUGAUGUUGAAUGGCGUGCUUGUGUUUUGCAAUGAAUGUCUUGUGUGUUUAAUAUGUUGUUUUUUUUAUUAUUAUUGCAACUUGUAAGAACUGCGGGACGUCUUUGUGUUGUUUGCGCUUUUGGAGACGACAAAAAAAGGAACACACACACACACACACUUUCUCUCUCUCUCACACAUACACACACACAGACAGAGUGCAUUAAUUAAUGUGGAAUCAAGAUAAUUUUUAUAAGGGUGUGGUUUUUUGCCCAGUGACUCGGAUAAGAGAAGAGCUUUCUCCAAUACCAAUACAAUUUUUAUCGUUGUUUUAUCGAGCAAUUGCACACAGGACCGUCCAUUUUUUUUGUUUUAGGCUGGCAUGGAAAACUCUUCACACAUCUGUUGCAGCAUGUCGGAGAGCAACACAUGAUUUGGGAAGAGAGGACUGACAGCCUUGCCUAGCGCCCGGCCUCUGUUCAGCCAUCUCCUGAAGCUUGACCCGCACUUCAUCACCAGUCACACUAGCGUCUUGGAAACACAGCGUCAUCUAACUGUCACAUCAGUUGCAAGGGGAUGACCGAGCGCAUUCAUAACAUCAAUCUCCACAACUUCAGCAAUUCUGUACUUGAGACCCUCAAUGAGCAGCGCAACCGUGGGCACUUCUGUGAUGUGACUGUCCGGAUCCAUGGAAGUAUGCUGCGAGCUCACCGCUGCGUGCUGGCUGCUGGAAGCCCCUUCUUUCAGGACAAGCUGCUUUUGGGCUACAGCGACAUUGAGAUCCCCUCUGUGGUCUCGGUGCAAUCCAUCCAAAAGUUGAUUGACUUUAUGUACAGCGGGAUUCUGCGAGUGUCUCAGUCAGAGGCCCUGCAAAUCUUAACUGCUGCCAGCAUCUUGCAGAUCAAGACAGUCAUCGAUGAGUGUACCCGAAUUGUGUCCCAGAAUGUGGGCCUGGCCGGCCCGGGAGGCUUCCCCGUUAUACCAGGAGACUCUGGUCAGGACACCCCCCGCGGCACGCCGGAGUCUGGCACCUCCGGGCCCAGCAGCGAUGCUGAGUCUGGCUGUAUGCAAGCAACAACCCAGCAAAACAUGGAUCGGGCAUACACGUCUCUCUACUCCUACACCGGCAUCUCCAACGGCACCCGCGACCGCCCCCUUUACAUCAACCCCAUUGCGACAAACUACGACCCAACUGUCAGCGCUCAGAAGGACCAGCAGUCGCAGGAUCCCCCCUGGAUGAACCGUAUCCAGGAUAGAUCCCAGCAGGUGGACCGCUUCAUCUCCACCGCCGAGUCCACCCACUGCCGCAAGCAACCCCGACCGGUCCGCUUGCAAACAGGUGGGAUGCACAUCAAGCAGGAGGCUGACGAUGAGUACAUCUGCUACAACAACACGGGAGACUGCCAGGACGAGCCUGAGCACGCCGAGAGUGAGUCCAAGGUGGAGAGUUUUGACUCGGGGGUCAGCUCUUCCAUCAGUACUGAGCCAGACGCCAUGGAGCAGCAGCCCUACCUGAGUGGCUUCAACCGAGAUGGGGCGGGAGAAGGCCACCAAGGGGAUGGCGGUCCGGUGCAGAUUGAGGUCAAUGACUCGUCCCCGGAGCAAACCCAAGAGCCUGAGGAAGGCGACGCCGGCCACAGCACUAGUGACAGUAGCAUAAUGCAGCCACUGCCCAACCCCAUCAUGCCCCACUCCCUGCCCAGCACGCCGCAGUACCUGCGGCAGCCCGAGUCACACACCAGCAAUCUGAGGAUGCCGCACACCAUGACCAGCAAUUCCCAAGUGAUCGGCGCCGCCGGAAGCACCUUCUUGCCCACACUCUUCCCUCCGCAGCCGACCAGAGACAACAAGUCUUUCCUUUACCUUCCCGGCCAGCAGCAGACCCAGUAUGUGACGGUGCCGCCCCCUGCCAUGCCAUCAUUCCCCAACGCCAUGGCUGUUCCACGGGCGCCCGCCCAGUCACAGCAGCCUGCUGGAGCAAUGGGUCAGGGGGAGAAGAAGCCCUAUGCAUGCACUCUCUGCUGUAAAACCUUUACUGCAAAACAGAACUACGUCAAACACAUGUUUGUGCAUACUGGAGAGAAGCCUCACCAGUGCAGCAUCUGCUGGCGCUCGUUCUCCCUGAAGGAUUACUUAAUCAAACACAUGGUGACCCACACAGGGGUGCGGGCGUACCAGUGCAGCAUCUGCAACAAGCGCUUCACCCAGAAGAGCUCUCUCAACGUCCACAUGCGGCUGCACCGUGGAGAGAAGUCCUACGAGUGCUGCAUCUGCAAGAAGAAGUUCUCCCACAAAACCCUGCUGGAGCGCCACAUGGCCCUGCACAGCACAGGCAGCACCCUCACGGGGCUGGCUGGCGCCGCCGGCCCGCCCGGCCCAGUCUCCAUUCCCAUCACCAUCCCCAUGACCGUCCCCGAGCCCGGCGCCGGGGUGGUGGCCGUCGCCAUGUCCGUGAGCGGAGGUGCGGGAGAAGGGGCCAUGGUUGGAACGGGAGUGGGCGUGGCCGCAGAGGCGAGCUGCCAAGAAGGGACCACCUACAUGUGUUCUGUCUGCCCCGUCAAGUUCGAGCAAAUGGAGCACUUCAACGACCACAUGCGAAUGCAUGUCUCUGACGGAUAAGUACAACUAGAUAAACUUCUCCAAAAGAAUGACAAACAAAAUGGCACUAGAUUUUCCUUUUCUUAUUUUGAGGUAUGAAAAGUAAUGAGUAUAGACACUGGCACAUUAAGUUUCCCAAAAAAAAAAAGAUUUUCUUUUUUGUUAUUCUAAAUAAACAAAAAGAUGGUGGCCUUAAGGCUUAGUAGUUUGAUAUUGAUCUACUGGAUGGAUCCUAACUACAGGCCUCUAAAUGUAUGAUUUCCUAAAAUACUGAUUUAUGUGUUGAACACUACCGAAAGGCCUACGAAAGAAACACAUACACACAAACACACCGUUAGUGUAGAUCUGUCUGAGCGCAUACACAUGUGCAUUGUGUGUGGAUCUGCAUGUGUCCCAGUGUGUGCGUGCAUGUGUGUGUGUGCGUGUGUGCGCUAGUGAGAGACGCCAUUUAAAAUGGCAGUUGUGAACCCAUACUGACCAGUUUGGAAACGAUAGAUGUCCAAACUUACUGUGGUAUAAUUUACAACAACAAUAACAACAAAAAAAAACAAUCAUCUGGUGUGGGGCUACAUAUUCCCUCUAAAAUACUGACAGUCACAUGAUUGCCUUCUAAAGACCAUUUAAAAAAACAAAGGAGACUAGUAAAUUUGACACUGGGUUUUAUUUAUUCCUAUGUUAUUAAGGGAUUAUAAUGCAGCUGUUGGUGAGGUACAAGUUUCACUUCUUGUCAAAGAUGGGAAGGCAAUGAUUUGGAAUGUUUUUGUAAUUGUCCAUGCAUUUUGGAUGCUUCGGUUUACUAAAUUAGGCUAUUGUUGGCGAGACAAGCAAAAAAAAAAAAAAAUCUGAACUCAUUUGCAAACACUGCCACUAAUCUCCUAAAAGACUGUUAAGGCUGCUCCUAUCACAAAACGACAAAUCUGUGUUUCUUUUUUUGAUAUUUCUUUUCUCCAGCCAGUUUCCAUUCACAGUCAGAGCAGCUUGUAAUGCGCAACUAAACUCUCUCCUUCAUGUUUGCUGCUCCUCCACUUACAUCUGACUGUUAUGGAUGUAGAUUUUAAAAAAAAACACACAAAAAAAAACAAAACAAGAUUUGUCUCUUAAACUAUUGUUGUUAUUGAUUAGUCUACAUGGGUUCUCAUUUUCUGCUCCAAUCAUGUAUUUGGGCUGGCUGUUGAUUAGAACAGUGUUAAAGAGAGGGACAAAUUCACUUUGAAUGCCAAUUUGUUUUGGAAAUAAUUGCCAUCAUGAUUGUGGACUAGAACCUGUUCAUGACUUUUGCAAAGCUGUUUUAGUGUUGGGAGCUAAAUGAAUCGCUCUCUGGGUGUGUGUGUGUGUGUGUGUGACAGCCUGCAACAUUUUUAAAGGAAACAUCAGAGCAGAACCAGUAGCUCUCCCACUUAUUCAUAUUAUAUAUAUAUAUAUAUAAAUAUAUAUAUAUAUACACACACAGUGUAUGUGUGUGUGUGUGUGUAUAUAUAUAUAUAUAUAUAUAUAUAUAUAUAUAUAUAUACACACACACACACAUACAUGUACCACAACUUGUGGGUGGACUUUCUUACAUGAUAGUAUACAUUCCUGUUGUUUUUUUUGUUUUUUUUUCGAAGAACACACAUGUACAGAUUAGAUUUGGAAGCUUGUGUGUGCAAGAUGUCGUCCAUGCAUCAUCACAUCACUCGAAGCUGAUAUUUGGAUUUUAAUGUUUUCACCAGAAAUAGGACACACACAUACAGUAUACAGUAUAUAUACACACUGUGUGCAACUGCAACCUGAAGGAGUUUGCUCCUUUGGUCGUCGUGUUGCUAAAAAACUGCUCACAGUGCUGCAGAGAAAUAACACAUAAAAAAGUGCUACUUUGCACAUUUUCUUAAAAUGCCUGUGCUUAAUAUUUCAUCAUUUUUCUUAAAUGAACUAUGAUUUGUUUUUUUCUUUUAUUCAAUUUCAAAGGCGGAAAAAAAACAGUUUUUUAAAAAAUCUUGAUAAGUGGACUGCAUUAUUUUCUUGCAUAUAUGUUGCACUGCUUAAACCAAUAAGUGCACUACUGUUAACAGAGAUAUAGUUUUAGAAAAGAGGAUUUUUUAAAAGAAAAAUCUAACAUUUGGUUGUCGAGUUCACGUGUAUUAGCAUAGCUUUCUUUCAAUUCUGGAGUCAUUCAGCGGUUCUUGGCUUUUGUUAUUGCUUGCGGUUACAGUAUAUCAACACAUAUACUGUUUGUACAGUACUUGUGCCGUUUUGAUGCAAGCGUUUAUUUAAAUUUGUAACAUGACGUGUGCUCAUCUGUUUUUUUUUUGUUUUUUUUAACUUUUAUCCUUAAGUUAAUGUUUUUUUUGAAUCACUUCCUGAAUAAUUCAAUUGCAUUUCUUUGAGACAAAAUUUUCCUACAAGCCAAACAGUCAAAGAGCAACAGUAAUAAUAACAGCAACUUCUGUCUGACUUGGUGGAAGUGAUAAUACCUAUUAGCUAUUAUCACGCUAUUAAUAAUAAUACAUUUAUGGUGUGUAUGUGUGUGUGUAACAUAGCUGAUGUACGUGUCCUAGUAGAACUUUUGGGUGGUUGUGGGAAGGUGAUGGAAUGCAGCUUCUUUGAUAGUAUGUGUCUGUGGGUUUGUGCACCGUCGUGUCCUUUCCUUCCUUUAGUGGGUGUCGUCGUGUGUGUCCGUGUGCUCUUUUAGCCGAAUCAAACUGUUGAUAAGCGAACUAUCUUGACCUUGUAGGGCUUCCUUUGCAAUAUGCAGCACAGGUACAACACGAGGAGCAGCUUUUUUGGGCUCAUACGACACCUUCAAAAAAAUGGCUACAUUUCGUCCAAAUGCAAGCUUGGAGAUCCCAUGCUGGCUUCUCCUCGUCAGAACACAAAACACACGUUUAUUUCCCAUUGGCCCGUCUUCUUGAUAGUGAGCUUAUAAGCCUAAAAACAAACAAAAAAAAAAACCCCGGUGUGGUCCCUGUUUUGUAGCUGUCGCUGCCAGGAUGGCAAAUGUGCUGCAUGCUAGUGCUCUAUUUGUCUCGACACAGCACGUGGAGGGUCAUCUCUUGCCUUAACAGACAAUGCACUAAAUAGUCUAUGUAAGCAAACUGCCGAGUUCUCCUUUUCCAACAGUAUUGCCACAGUUUUUGGCACACAGCUUACGGUGUUUCGUCAGUCUAGCACCAACACUGCCAAACUAACAUCAUCUUUCCACGCAGAGGCAGACGCGUUUUCUGUGUAAUGUACGUAUUCAGUGAUUUAGCAUUCCUUCAUGGCACCUGCUUUUUUUGCAUAUUUUGUGUAAACACAUAUAUCCAAUGCACUAUAGACUGUAGCUAGAUGAGUACAACCAGCUUUGUGGUAUCAAUGGUCUAAAUAGUAGGUUAAGUAGCUUGUUGUUGGCUUUGGACAAUAUUUCAUUUCAGAAUGACACUAUUAAGAUUUGUUUUUUUUUUGUUGUUGUCGUGGUUUUCUGGAAUGAGAAGUAGCCAAUGUCUGCGGAUGAGGGCUAAUAACUCAUCCCGUCAUCAGAUGACUUGUAUGAUAAGGAAGGGAAGGAGCCUGCUUCUUCCUCUUCUUCUCACCAGUGUGCUUCACUUUCACUGUCCAUAGUUAUACAGUAUAUUCCUUAUUCUGCUUCAAAUACUCAUGGUGGUGCUUCACAAUCUUUUCUCGGUGUUGCAACAACAACAAAAAAAGGUUUUUAAAAAAAAAAAAAAAAAAAACGUUUUUAAAAGAGUUGCAGCCCUUGUCUGAAAAGAAGGUUCUUUCCUCAUUUCUUCUAGUUGUAGUUCCAAGAGAUUUUCUGUCUUUAUUUUGGCAAAGUGUUGGCAUAUUUUUCCAGAACAAACCCUAUUGAAUGGUAGAUACUAGCCUUGAGCCUGCAGCUGUUUUGUAUUGUGUUCUCCAAUAAUAUGACAUGUUUUGUUUAUCUUAGCGUAGAGACGCAGGGUCUACAGUACGUUCUUGUCCUUUUUGCAGUACUCUCCACUCAUUCACUCUCGACUCCAUCCUUACUCCUGCUUUAGUUUUUUCCCAGUAUAGCGACAUGGUUAAUACAUGCAUAUAGCUUCACUUAGCUGGGUGGAGGGUAGUCAAGGUAUUGAGUAUAAUUCUUCACGGUGUAUUAUAUGUAUGCAUACAGAACAGUACAGUAUAUGCUUUGCCUUGAGGACAGCUUCAUCGUAGUGUCUGUCUUCCUGGUUUGUCUCCAUCAGUCCAUUUGGGUUUUUUUUUUCUCUUCAAGCUUGAAUUAAGUCACAAGAAUAGUUAAGAAUAGAACCACUCAGAUGAUACAUAACGGCUUUUCUUAUUUGCGUUAUCUUCUACAGCCCACACCAGUGUGAAACAGAUACCUUCUUACGAAUAUAUAUAAUAUAAAUGUAUAUAAAAGAAUCACCAUCUCCACACAGUAUAAUACCUUUUACCUUGUGGGAUAUAGGGAAUAUGCCUAUCAAGUGCCUAUCAGUACGUUCAGCAACUAUACAGAAUUUUCAUAGUUUUUCUCUCCUACAUUGCACAGAUACGAUAUAUACACAAUGGUCUAUUUAAUUACAAAUAUACUAUUUAUACUAGUAAAACCAGGUGGUUGUGAGUGCAUCCGAACCCUUUAAAAUACCUGAAAUGUUCUAUUCAUAUACAGUAAAGACAGGUUUUAUGUUGUUUAACAUGUACGGAGGAUUCAAAGAUAUCAAAUAUGCACAAUCACUUCCAAAUGUUUAGUGGCGCUUUUCUUUUUGCACGUUGCUUUCUGUGCCGCGCGAGCGAGGGCAGUGAUGACUUGCGACCAGCAGAGGGAGCUGCAUGAAUGUAAAGAGUCGUUGGUAAAUAUCAACAAACUCCAUGUUGUUUAUACCUGUUAACGCGGCACCCGAAGCAGAUUUUCAGGCCCCUUUAGGCGUCGGUGUCAAAGUCCACCGUGUGCCCUUCGCUUGCAAGCCUAAGUGAUGAUUAAUGCUUUAUCUUAUCGGACAGCGUUGUUGCUUAACUACCGUCGUGCAAAAAGAAACUAGCGCAGAGAUUUUUAUAACCCCCUCUACUUUGGAGGCACAGGCUUGUAAUCAGAUUACAAAUUGAAUGUUUUGGAUACAGAUUAAUGCAAACACACACACACACACACACACACACACACACACACACACACACACACACAGGAUUAUUGCACAAAGGUCUUGAAGGUGCUUUGUGUCAGGAAACAAAUGCACACAAAGUAAACGUGGCAGACGUGAAGUUUUAGGACCGAGAGGACGGCUGUGAGAUGUGAGAUUAAAGGUUUUGGACCCACUCAUUAUUUUUGUCCCUCGUGGACUAAUUACCACACUUUUAAUUGCCCAACCUCCUCCAGCCUGGUCAACUGCCAAGUUUAAGGGGAAAGACUUCAAACAAACCCCACUAUUGUUAUUUAGGAGAAAGGAGUAUCAAAGACACUCUGAAAAGAAAAUAAAUAUUUGUACAACAUUAAAGUGCCAGACAAAAUGUGGACUAUUCUGCAAAAAACGUUUAUCUAAUGAGAAUAAAGCCAUAAUUAUUCCAGAAAAAAGUGGAAUGUUAUGGAAUAAAAGUAGUUUAUCUUUUUUUUUAGUAGUUUAUCUUUCUUACGAGAAUAGUACAUUUUUUCCAAAAAAGAAGUCAGAAUGUUACAAAAAUUGGAAGAAAAAGUUAUUUUUAUGAAAAAUAAAAGUCUUAACGGCAGUGCAGAAUAUUCUGAGAAAAAUGGUGAUGUGACGAGUAUAAAGUCGCAAGUGUUCGAGAAUAGACAAGUUGUCGUAAUCAUUAGCGAAAACAGUCAUUGCGUUUUUUUUCCGUUUUUUUUAGAAACAUUUUGUAAACUUACGAGAAUAGUGAAUUUUUUCAAAGAAAAAAGUCGGACUCUUAUGAGAAUACGGUAGUUUGAAGAAAACAAUAAUUUUAUGAGAAUAUGAGUAUUACGAUAGUGCGGAAUAUUCUGCUUAAAAUUGUAAUCAAACGAGUAUAAAGUCGGAAGUGUUCGGGCAUAAAGAUGUAAUGUUAUAAUCAUCAGUGCAAACAGUUGUAUUGGGUUUUUUUUCUUUUAGAAAAAUCUUGGUAAAACCUACGAGAAUAGUAUGUUUUUUUCAAAAAAAAAAUCAGAAUCUUACGAGAAUAGUCUUCAUUUCAAGAAAAAUUUGUUCUUGGGAGAAUAAAGGUCUUGCAGUCGUAAUUUCCAUCGUAAAAAAGGAUGUAGCGGUAAUAUUACAGAAUAACGUCAUUCUGUUUCAAUCGGAAAAAAGUCGUAAGCGUGAUCAAAAAACAUUUUUGAGAAAAAAAGGCAGACUCUUUCAGAGAAUAAUUGCAUUUUUGAAAGACAGUGUGUUCUGAUGACACUAUUAAUUGUCUGGGAAUAGAAUCGUAAUUUCACGCAGGGGAAAAAAGGUGCAAUAUUACGGAAUAAAGUCAUAAUGUUAUCAGAAAAAUGUCUUAUCUUACGAUAAUAGUCUUUUAUUUUUUUAAAAAUGUAUUCUUAAAAGAAUAGUCAUUUGUUUUUAAUAUGUUUUUCAAGUUGUAAUCUUGAAAAAAAUUAGUAAUCUCACUUUCUACUGUUAUUCAUAGUAUAAUAAAGUUAUAAUGUUAUGAGUAAGAAGUACUUUUUUUUGGGGAAAAUUUUUUUGUAACUACUAAUCAAAUUUUUUGGUUUCUGUAAAAAAAAAAAAAAAAAAAAAAGUAAAAACCCUUAUUAAACGCUGGAAUUUUCCCAACUUUGGAAAGCAAUGCUACGUUUGGAGAAAAAGAUUUUACGCGAGAAAAAAACAAUUUCACGGGAAAAAAAAGUCCUGAUUUUCAUUCCACAAAAAGACUUUUAAAUAAACAGUCUGAGACCAGCAGCUGCUGCUAACGCUAGCGACUGACAUGAUGUCAUGAGGGUUGUUUAUUUUGCUGGUAAAAGAACGAGUUAAUCUGGUAGGAUUGUGACUUCGCCUGGAAAUAAAACGCCACUGUAUUCUAGUAAAAAUAUCCACGUAUUAGUAUAUAUUUUUCUCAUUUCAGUGUGGCCCUGAUACUCCCUAUUAGUGAAUUAUUUUGAAAAGCAAGACUAAUUGAAAGUAGAUUCAUAUUGGAAAUGUCCAUUCACAUACAGCAGGUCAUACCAAAUAAAGUGAUUGCCUUCAGUUUGAUUCUUUAAGUCCUCCAUGCUACAUAGUUUUGUUACUACUAGGAGAAAACAGCUAUGAUUAUAACAGAUACUUUUUUUGGAAAGCUUGGUGUCAUAGACGUUCAAAAUAAGCAUCAGUGAAAUAGGCAACGUGAUAUAGCUCGUCCCUGUCAUCCACCACCUGUCAAUCACACACGCAUGCGACAUCCACUCACAUUUAAAUGUCAGUCAUAUUUGUCUCCCAUUAUAACACAACCCUUUUUUGUAAAAAAAAAAAAAAAACAACAAAAAAAAAAGCAUGCAGUCCCAUUUAAGACUUGAAUUGAACUCCACAGUACGACCGUUUUGGCUCAGCUCCCCUGCAGGGUAGUGUUUUGGUUCAGUCCAGAACGUUCCGACUGCAGCAACAAUCAUUUAAAAAAAACACAUUUCAUGAUUUUACUGAUUUUGCAGCAAAUUCAAAUAAAUAUAUAUAUAUUUUUUUGGCCACAAGUUUAAAAAAACCCCCAACAACAACAAAAACUGCAGCACUAUUAUGCUUAUUGAUGUUUGGCCACAACAACAACAACAACAACAACAAACAAAAAGAUGUCUGCACUGUUUGGUCAAGCUUAACAGACAAUGUUUGUUCAUACAAACCAAAGAAGGUAUUAUGGAGAAAAUAACAUUUAUUUUCUUGUGUUUGCUUUUAGUGGCAGGGAGCUUAUAAUGUUUGCUUGUGUUUGUUUUGUGCUUGUGCUCAUUUGUCGACCAAAUUAGGUUUUUUAAUACGAAAUGCGACAAUAAUUUCAAAGUGUAAACACACACACACACCAUGGAAACAUGCGUUGUUCCUCGUUAUUGGACAUGUGCACUAUCCCAACAUCGGAGAUCCCGUCACAUUUACAUUCGCGUGAUAUUGCAUUUUUGUGUGUUAUUUAUUUUGCUUACUUAUGGAUCUAUACAUUUUAAGGCUAUCCCUAAAAUAACAAAACUAACGAAAGAGCGACUUUUGAAAUACUUUUUAGCCAUUUAUACUUGAGAUGGACCAAGAUGUUAAGUUUGCACAUACUUGUAGGUCUAAGAAGCCAAAAAAAAAAAAAAAAAAGUAGAGACUAAUCAUAGGAAGUGAUCGUUACGAUCGCUGCGGCAGAAAAAAAGAAAGACAAUUCAAACCAAUGCGGUCCAAAAUUGUAAUCAUUUUAAGACUUGUCUAUUUUUUUAUAACAAAACAUCUUCAAAUGUGUUAGCAAAUUCUUAGCAAUACUUUGGUAUAUUUUAUUUCAUCCAAGAAAGGAAGUUGAAUUGCUGUAAUUGGUGCAAAGUUGAAAAGAUAAAUUGCUCCAAUUGGACAUUUUAAGACGUGCACCUUCUCAUCUUUUUUUUUUUGCUGCCAUAUCUUGUCUGUGGAUGCGCUUUGGUGAACAUGUACUUGACUUGGACUGAGAUGUUGCUUUUAAAUGUGUAUAUUUGUUUCUGCCUGAAUUAGCUUGCUAUCUUAUUGUUAUUAUUAUUAUUGUUAUUGCCCCCCCCCCCAUCCCCACCUUUUAAAAAGCAAAACUUGGCAGACGUGGAGCUGUUGUAGUAAAAGGUAGUCGAACAUCAAACUAAGCAACCCUGAGAUAAAUGCUGCAGGAAUGUCUUUUCAAGUUUUUUCCAUCAUUUAUCCUCCACGUUUUGUAUGUUAUUCUCUUUUUUUUUAUAUAUAUAGUUGUUAUGAAACAAGCGUGUUUGACUGCUGUUGUUGAAAUAGGGGAAAACAUUGUUUUUGAAAGUAUGUGCAAGGGCGUUUUUUUAUUUUGAUUUUUUUAUAUAUAUAAUAUGAUUUGUCAAACACUGGACUGGAGUGAGUUUUCCAACAUUUCCAAGUUGAGCGAUGUAUUUGACAGACGUAACUGCACAGGCCGCACCCAACAUGAUUGGGGACGGGGGGGGUCAGUUGUUAAAGAAAGACGUCAAGACAUUUCCUUUUAUUAUUGCGGUUUUAUUCGGGGUGAGGGGUUUUUACCUUGCAUUGCAAAAUGGUAGACUCGUGACUAGGGAUGGGCAUUAUACCGUAUGUGGAUGUGUUCACUCAUCAUUCAAGGAAAACUGCACUUUUUGGCGGACAAUUUUGCCCAUCAUCCACAAUCCUGAUGUGAGCGCCCCUGCUGGUUGUAGCUAAGUGGUACACUAUUUUUCCUAUAAAGGAACAAAAUUCUUAAAGGAAAAAAAAACUGCACUCUUUUGGGAAUUUUGCCCAUCAUCCACGAUCCUUAUGUGAGACAUCAACACACGUCUUUCUCUUUUCUGUGCGCUUUAAAGAUAAAAAAACAGCUAAAAAGGCGCACCUAAGAAUGGGAAAUGCGUGAUGGGAAACACUUAUUCCGCCUAUAAAGCCUCCAAAAAGCACCACCAACACUCCAUUUCCAUACAGUGGGACGUGCAUACUAACCAAACUACAGCGACAUUCGUCUUCUUCUUCUUCUUAUUAUUAUUAUUAACAUUGCUCUGCCGAUGGAACUACGUUACUGCCGUAUUGACACCCUGCCACACCACACCGGCUAGCGACUAGCUUCACCACACACUCGCCUCCCGAAAGGUAACAGUACAUAUUGGAGCUGCCACCACUGCCAAGUUAACGCUAGGUGUAGCGUUGGUUUCAACGUUGCCAUGUGAAAUCAAUGCGCCCGGGAAGGAAGUUCCAGUAAUGCUUAAAAGGACCAAAAUACGGCAAAAUACUGUGAGUGUUACAUGUUGACGUGAAUGUACCUGGUACUACAUGGUCACAGCAUGGAUAUCAAACCAUAAAAACCUUGCUGGAGGCUUUCGGACGUAUUUUAAUAGCGGUCUUUGUAGGCAGUGUCCUAUUACGUGCAGUAAUGAGCUGAUUCUUUUUAGCUGUUUUUCUAUCUUUACAACGCACAGAAAAGAGAAAGACGUGUGUUGAUGUUUCACAUAAGGAUCGUGGAUGAUGGGCAAAAUUCCCAAAAAAGUGUGUUUUUUUUUCCUUUAAGAAUUUUGUUCCUUUAUAGGAAAAAUAGUGUACCACUUAGCUACAACCAGCAGGGGCGCUGUGGAGGCAAUCUCCAUGAGCUACGUUCACGCUAUGGGCUAAUGUGCUGUAACUGGCACGGAAGCAGGAGUUGAGAACAUUCAGGGAGCAUUACUUCAUGUCUUUAGGCAAUUAGAGCAAAAUGUUGUGCGGGACUAAAAUAAUCAAUUGGGAAUUAAGUAAUAUUAAAAAUGACUGAAUCGAGUGCACUACUUGGCCACAACCAGCAGAGGCGCUGUUGAGUCUGGAUCAACUCGUUUGCCAUCUGAAGAAGAACAGCGUGAAACAGAAGAACAUUCAGAGCGCAUUAAAAUAGCAAAAAAUAGUUCAAACAAAAAAAUUUAUUGAAGAAUUUUGUUGUUAAAAAUGUUUUAAACGGACUUCACUACUUGGCUCCGACAAGCAGAGGCUCCGUUGGUUCUUGGCUCAAUUAGUUUGCCGUCUAAGAAAGAAGAACAUUGUGGAUUAAACUGUGGAUAAAAAUGUAAAAAAUGGAGUGCACUACUCCGGGUCGGGGAUGAGAUCCUGCCCCAAGUGGAGGACUUUAAGUACCUCGGGGUCUUGUUCACGAGUGAGGGAAGGAUGGGACGCGAGAUCUCCAGGCGGAUUGGUGCGGCGUCUGCAGUGAUGCGGCCUCCGCAUCGGUCCGUUGUGUCUGAGAGGGAGCUGAGCCGAAAGGCAAAGCUCUCAAUUUACGUUCCUACCCUCACCUGUGGUCGUGAGCUUUGGGUAGUGACCGAAAGGACAAAAUUGUGCGUACAAGCGGCCUAAAUGAGUUUCUCCGUAGGGUGGCUGGGCUCUCCCUCAGAGAUAAGGUGAGAAGCACUGUCAUCCGGGGGAAACUCCGAGUAGAACCGCUGCUCCUCCGCAUUGAGAGGAGCCAGAUGAGGUGGCUCGGGCAUCUGGUCAGGAUGUCUCCUGAAUGUGUUCAGGGCACAUCCGACCGACAGGAGGCCUCGGGGAAGCCCCGGGACAUAUUGGAGAGACUACGUCUCUCAACUGGCCUCGGGAUCCGAGAUCCGUUUGCGGUCUAAAGAACACCAAUGUAAAGAAGAACAAUCAGAAGGCUCUUAUCCCAUGAAAAUAGUACUUAAAGAAUCUAAUCUCUUUAAGGAUUUUGUUUAAAAAUCGGAAAAAAGGAGUGCGCUGCUUGUUGAUUCAGCCUCGGCUAGCUUACUGUCUAAAGAGCAUGAAAAAAGUCCAAAUGAAUGGUGAAUUGUGUCCAUGGUGGACUGCCCAUCCCUACUGGAGACAGCUAGCGUUUCGAAGACACGAAAAAGGGAUAUGCAGUAUUCCGUGUAACAGACACCUUCUUGCUAUGGUAACACCGAUUACAACUCGUGGUCUCACUGUUCCACUUUCUCAAACCAGAAAAGACGUUUGCACUAUAGACUCAUUUUGGUCUUCUUCUUCUAAAAAAAAAAAAAAAAAAAAAAAGCAAUAUAAUCCACUUAACACCUUUUUGAAACCAUAGCAAGUGUGGCUUGUUUUGAUGGCGUCCAUGGUGCAGAUUGAUGUUGUUCACUUUUGAGGGGCAUAAAAAGCUGUUGUUCCCUCCUGGGAAUGUUUCUGUUUUUGGACAAAUCAAAGCAGAUGAACGAGACGGGACGUAAUGAGGGAAGAAGGGAGUCUUCAUCAGCGUAAACCCAUGAAAAAUGGCGUAUUAUUUGUAUCUAGAAUAUUCCAAAAAUGACAUAGCACCUUUUUGUGAUUUGAAACAUCAUUGGCUGAAUCCACCAAAACAUUUUAUUUUGGUCCCACAUUGACACAAGUAGUUUUGGGUUUUUUUUAAGCGUACAAAAAAACCCCGUCAUCGUUGGGCGUAGUAGCUUUUCCCCCCACCGCUUUUUGUGGUGUUGCGGUUUGUCUAAAUAUGUUGCGUGUUCGAGGAAGCAUAAGUACGUGCCUUCUUGUAAUCUCCUUGUUAUUAUUGAGAAGCUGAAGCCAGCCAAUUGUGUUUGCACUAAAAACCAAAUUGCUUUGUUUUUCGUGAUGUAGACUAUUUAAAGCGAGCUUGUUGCGUCACUUUAAAGCGUACGGUGUGCAUGAGGGUGGAUUCGCUCAUCUGUCGACCUGUAAAACAAAACCAGUGCAGCUUCUUGAGGAUCUUGUGAAUAUAUCUCGGCUUUCAGUUCCAUCUCCUUUAUUCAUCCGGUUUGUUUCAAUUGUAAAAAAAUACAAUAAAAUAAAAUAAAAUGUAAAAAAAAAAAAGUGUGAUUUAAAAAAAAAAAACAAAAAACCAACCCACCACCAUAACUACAACAAUACAGCUUUUACUUUCACAUGCCACAUUAAGAGAGUUACACGUUCGUUUUCUCAAUCCACGGGAAUGCAUGAGGUCGCCUCAAGACGAUCAGUCAAUUGAAUUUUAUUUUGCUUGUAUUUAUUACAUAUUUUGUUGACAUCUUAGGAAAAAAAAAAACAUGUGACGUGAGUCUUAAAUGCACCUUAUUCAUGUCAGUCCAUGUGGCGAAAACUACAAUUUUUGGUUUUUGUUCUUUUUAAAAGGCUGGCAAUGUAAUAUCUCUAAUUUAGCACCUUACUACACAGCAUGUUUUCACUUUAUGCCAGUUUCGUGCUUCUUUUCAUUUGGAAUCUCCUAUUUCUCUGACUUGUUCAUUCGUGGGAUGUGCCAAAGUUUGGAGGCGAUCUCCCCCAAGUGUUGACGCUUAUUAUUUUUCUUUCUCCUCCUCCUCCUCCUCCUCCAUCCUGCUUGGGUUUUAUCGCAAACUUUCCUAUAACAAGUGUGUGGAAUCAAUUUAUCUCAGCAAACAGUAUCAUAACUUGCCAUUUUACAAUAAGCCCUGUAUUUCACAUAUAUUUACCAGUGGUGUGUAUUUGUUAUAAAGAAAAAUAGCCGUAAAAGCUUCAUUAUGUUACACAAUAUUGUGACUUUUUUCGAAAAACUGUGAAGACUUAUCUUGCAUAUACUUUAUACAGAAGUAUUAAGCCUUAAUACAAAAGACUAAAAAAAGUGUGGAAGAAUAAACUGAUUGUUGCUAAGUAAGGAUGAUUUUUGUAAAUGUUACCAGCACUUUUUUUUGUAAUUUUCACUCUCUGAGGUAUUGUACAAGUUCAAGCUGUUUGUGAAGUUUGAUUAUGAAGGAAUAAAAACUAGUACUUUCCUGUACUUCA